GUACAAUGAAAUGUUGCACAAAGGGAUCAAAGCUUAUAGGCACGAUAAUGGAAGAUAAGAGAUUAAAACGAACGCCAUUUCAACCUCCCAUCACAGCGAAGAGCAUAAAUUAUUGAAGAUAAUCUGAGAGAGGAAGUAAUCGCAUGGAUCUCCUGCCCACCGAAAGCUCCUCCUAGUAUGUGAAAUAAAUCAAGUCUUGCUCAACCAUUCAGCUCUCCAUGCAAAGUCAUUUCACGUCAAAUCAACAGCGGAAAUGAGCGGCUUGCUGAGAUCAUUUUUACAUUUAAGGUGGAAUUUUCUUCUAAAGGCAUCAUUUGUUGGCGACAGCUCCGACUAGGACGUUCAUCGGGCAUGUAAAGGAUUACUGAAAUCUCCCUUAACUUUUUCCGUUCAAGACCUUCCCCGAGAAUGAGCGGCAACUUUCACCCCCUGCUUGUGUUUGCUCUAGCGCUGGUCAUCUUCUUCACAGUGAUGGGAAACCUGCUGGUCAUCGUGGCUAUCGCUCACACCCCUCAGUUGCAAACCCCCACCAACGUCUUCAUCAUUUCCAUGGCCGUUGCAGACCUCAUUAUGGGUUGCGUGGUGCAACCCUUAAGCGCCAGCGUGGUGGUCACCGGAAAAUGGCUUUUGGGUUCCACGGUUUGCGACCUGUGGACAUCUGUGGACGUUCUCUGCGUCACAGCCAGCAUCCAGACCCUGUGUGCCAUCGCCGUGGAGCGUUACGUUGCGGUGACCAAGCCCCUCAAGCACCAGGUUCUCCUGGACAAACCCCGAGUUGGCUACAUCGUGUGCGUGGUGUGGAUGGUGUCGUCUCUCAUUUCCUUCGUGCCGAUCAUGAACCAUCAUUCUCGUGCCUCCGACAACUACAGCAGAGAUUGUUACGACAACCCAUAUUGCUGUGACUUCCAUACCAACAAGACCUAUGCCAUCUGCUCCUCUGUCGUGUCCUUCUACGUGCCCCUGGUCAUCAUGGUCUUCGUGUACGGGAAGGUGUUUGCCAUUGCGACCAAACAGCUGAAGCGAAUCCAUAAGGACAGACAGCGCUUUCUAAACAUUUCUGUGGAAGACUCGGAAAAACAGUAUAAAACUAACGAGUCUUGCGAAAGUCCGCUUCCUGCGGACAUAGAUGAUCGGAGACCCAGCUGUAGGCCGUUGAAGCACAUUGUUAAGGAACACAAGGCGCUCAAGACACUGGGGAUUAUAAUGGGCCUUUUCAUUCUCUGUUGGCUUCCCUUCUUCCUCUUUAACAUCAUAAAAGCCUUCAACAGCAAGGUGCUGUCACAACACGUCUUUUUGUUUUUUAACUGGAUGGGCUACGUUAAUUCAGGCCUGAACCCCCUCAUAUACUGCCACAGUCCGGAGUACCGGACCGCCUUUAAGAACCUUCUAGGAUGCAAAAUCAAACGGUUGGAUAGUGACGGCAUGCGCCAACACCUACAGACACUGACCUUGUGCAUUCACAGAAACAGCUCUGUGAGAAUGGUUUGCUUAGCUCAUAAAAACACAACUGUGGCACAGAGCGCAAGCUUGUGUGUUGAUUUCAAAGACGCAGAGACAGAAGCUCAUUUAGGACAUGAAGUUCAAAGUUGACAUGCAGCAGACAAAAGGCUCGCUGAUGAUGGAAAACAGCUCCCAUGUUUUCAAGGGAUCUUAACUGUACCCUACUUGCAACCAAAACAAUCAGACUACGUGCAGAACAGAGACAAACCAGAGACAAAAGGAAAAAGCGAUGCAGAAAAGUGAUAUCAAAAACAAGACCAUAACACAGGAACCUCAACCUGCAUAAAUCAAGAAGAGAUAUAUUAAAUAUAUUGGGUGGGUCUGCAAAAGGUUUGUGAUAGAAUUCUGAGUACUGCCCACAGAUGAAACAGACACGUUUUGAAGUGGAUCGAUAUCUGUAAACGAAACAGACGUUCACCUGACAUCUACAGCCACAUUUCAACGAGCAAAGACUUUCAUCUUGAAAUAUUGCAACCAAGGUCAAACAAGUCUGAAUGAAGAGACGGGUCUUUAGAUAAAAUGGUAAUAUAUUUUGCUAUCUGCUACGUUUAGUGGUGGAGACAAACUUCUAUUGAUCUUCUGAUCAUAGCACCACCAUACCGGUGAAAAAAACCCUUCACCAGAAAGCUGAUUUAAAAAUAUCGACAGAAUGGAUAAAUGCAAGCAUGAUGCAGUAUAUGAAAACAAAAAAAAACACAAUGUACGAUUUCACACCUUUUUCUUUGGAGUACUUUUGAAGAGCUUGUUUCCAAAAUGAGUUCAAAAAUUCAAAAAGCAUGUUUUUUAUAAUGUUAUCAUGUUUUUAUUGUGUUAGUUACCUGAUUUUUUCUGUUUGA